UUCCCCGGCAUUCGCUAUCCUCCCUCCCUCCCUCGCUCUUGAGAUCCGAUCUCAGUGUCCGAGUGAGUCUCCUCUCUCUCUCUCUCCGCUCCUCUCCAUCCCAUUCCUCACCGCUGCCAUUCUACAAUCCUCUCCUCGACAUCUUACUUUCGUGCACUGAUAUCGCUUUCUUCGGAUCAAACCGGAGCUGUUUUGGAUACGGUAAGAAAUGGCGCAGAUAUUGCUGCACGGGACCCUCCACGCCACGAUCUACGAAGUGGAUAAGCUUCACCAUGGCGGUGGUCCUAAGUUCUUCCGCAAGCUUAUGGAAAAUGUUGAAGAAACCAUUGGCUUUGGCAAAGGUGUUACCAAACUCUAUGCAACUAUUGAUCUGGGAAAGGCUAGAGUUGGACGAACAAGAAUAAUUGAAAAGGAAUAUUCCAACCCCCAGUGGUACGAGUCUUUUCACAUUUACUGUGCCCAUAUGGCUUCUGAUGUGAUCUUCACUGUGAAGGAUGAUAAUCCUAUUGGUGCAUCUCUUAUUGGAAGAGCAUAUGUACCAGUUGAAGAGCUGUUAGGUGGAGAAGAGGUGGACCGAUGGGUUGAAAUCUUGAAUGAAGAUAAACAACCCAUCGAUGGAGGUUCGAAGAUCCAUGUGAAGUUGCAAUACUUUGAUGUUACUAAGGACCGCAACUGGGCAAGGGGUAUUAGGAGUGCCAAGUUUCCAGGAGUUCCAUACACAUUCUUCUCGCAGAGGCAGGGAUGUAAGGUUUCAUUAUACCAAGAUGCCCAUAUCCCUGACAAUUUCGUCCCAAAGAUCCCUCUUGCGGGAGGCAAGUACUAUGAGCCCCACAGAUGCUGGGAAGAUAUUUUUGAUGCGAUUACCAAUGCAAAAAACUUAAUCUACAUUACUGGCUGGUCUGUCUAUACUGAGAUCUCCCUUGUUAGGGACUCAAGAAGGCCAAAGCCGGGGGGAGACAUCACCCUUGGUGAGCUGCUGAAAAAGAAGGCAAGUGAAGGUGUUAGGGUUCUGAUGCUUGUUUGGGAUGACAGAACCUCUGUUGGGCUUCUGAAAAAGGAUGGGUUGAUGGCCACCCAUGAUGAGGAAACUGAGCAGUAUUUCCAGGGUAGUGAUGUGCACUGUGUCCUCUGCCCCCGUAAUCCUGAUGAUGGUGGAAGCAUUGUUCAAGAUUUGCAGAUUUCCACCAUGUUCACUCACCACCAGAAGAUUGUAGUGGUGGACAUGGAUAUGCCUAAUGGAUCAUCGGCUAAGAGGAGGAUAGUCAGCUUUGUCGGGGGUCUUGAUCUUUGUGAUGGGAGAUAUGAUUCCCCCUUCCAUUCACUUUUUAGGACAUUGGACACAGCUCACCAUGACGACUUUCACCAACCAAACUUUACUGGUGCUUCUAUAACCAAAGGUGGUCCCCGUGAGCCCUGGCAUGAUAUCCACUCAAGGCUCGAAGGCCCCAUCGCAUGGGAUGUAUUGUAUAAUUUUGAGCAGAGAUGGAGGAAGCAAGGUGGGAAGGAUUUGCUUCUUCAGCUGAGGGAGCUUGAUAAUGUAAUCAUCCCACCAUCUCCUGUUAUGUACCCAGAUGACCCUGAAAGGUGGCAUGUCCAGUUAUUCAGAUCGAUUGAUGGUGGAGCUGCUUUUGGCUUCCCUGAGACUCCCGAAGAUGCUGCUCGAGUUGGUCUUAUUAGUGGGAAAGAUAAUAUCAUUGACAGAAGCAUUCAAGACGCAUACAUCAAUGCUAUUCGACGGGCAAAGAAUUUUAUCUAUAUUGAGAACCAAUACUUCCUUGGGAGCUCUUUUGCCUGGGCUCCUGAUGGCAUUAAACCUGAGGACAUUAAUGCUCUGCAUCUCAUUCCUAAGGAACUUUCCCUUAAGAUUUGCAGUAAGAUUGAAGCUGGGGAGAGGUUCACUGUCUAUGUUGUGGUUCCAAUGUGGCCAGAGGGCAUACCAGAGAGUGGAUCAGUGCAGGCAAUUUUAGAUUGGCAGCGGAGGACAAUGGACAUGAUGUAUACAGAUAUUGUUCAGGCUCUCAGGGCCAAGGGCAUUGAGGAUGACCCGAGGAACUACUUGACAUUCUUCUGUCUCGGAAAUCGGGAGGUGAAGAGGAGUGGAGAGUAUGAACCCUCUGAAAAGCCGGAACCAGACUCGGACUACAUCAGAGCCCAGGAGGCCCGCCGCUUCAUGAUAUAUGUCCACACCAAGAUGAUGAUUGUUGAUGAUGAGUACAUAAUAAUUGGGUCCGCCAACAUCAACCAGAGGUCAAUGGACGGAGCAAGGGACUCCGAAAUCGCCAUGGGAGCCUACCAACCUCACCACCUGGCCACAAGGGAGCCAGCUCGUGGCCAGAUCCAUGGGUUCCGCAUGUCCCUUUGGUAUGAGCACCUCGGGAUGCUCGAUGACUCUUUCCUCCAGCCAGAGAGUGAGAUAUGCAUCAGGCGGGUCAAUCAGAUUGCAGACAAGUACUGGGACCUCUACUCUAGUGAGAACCUAGAGCACGACCUCCCUGGUCACCUCCUCCGGUACCCAAUAGGAGUGUCGGGCGAAGGAGUGGUCUGCGAACUGCCAGGAUUCGAACACUUCCCGGACACCAAGGCCCGGAUUCUCGGCAACAAAUCUGACUACAUGCCACCCAUCCUCACCACUUAAGUUGGCCGAUCCACUUUUUUAUUAAACCUUCUAAUAUUAUCUGGCGUUUUUUUUUUCCUCCCUUCUUUUACAAGCUUGUGCCAGUAGAACAAUAAACGGUAUCGUGUGAUGAGAUCAGUGGCAGGUGAGGUAUUAUUUUCCUGCAGGCUGUUUAUCUUUUUCAAUUACCCGACGUUAUGAGACAAAACAUUGUGAUAUUUUGGGUGCCUAGUUGUUGAAUGUUGUGUUUGCUUGUCUCGGCCUG